GAAGACUGCAAAGUUUUAUAUAGACAGCUCGAAAGCUGAGAGACACCUUGCGCAGUAGGGUAUGGACGGUUUCAAGACUUUAGAGAUAGUUUAGAUUCAGUAGGACUUUGUGGUGUAAACAGUACUUAACAAGUAACUUGAAAUUAAAGGUCUUGGAAAUACAAACAAAAUUAAAAUAUACCCACCAUCCAACGUCGUUGGUCAGUUCAAGUUUGAUAGCAGUGGACUAAACUUCAAUAACAUACCGGACAUAUUUGUUAUUAAAUUUAUAAAUUAGCAUUAUGAAGUUGAUACUAAUGAAUAGCGCCGGGAUAAUUUUAACAUUGCAAUUCCUGUUUUUUAUUUCGAUUAUAAAUGGAACCCAUAUUGUUCAUUCAGUUUCCGAAAGAUUUGAUGGUUAUGCUCCUCAUGAUUUGAUUCCAGAGACCUUCAAGAGAGAAAGUCAGUUUGAGAUUAUUAAUGAAUGGAAAUAUUUGGACUUUGAAUAUUUAACCUUUGUCGAACGGCAGCAGGCAAUUUUAAAUGGCGACUUUGUACCCAAGAACAACUUACCCUUGGGAAUCGAUGUUUAUCGCGAUCGACUAUUUAUAACAACGCCUCGUUGGAAGGAUGGAGUACCUGCCAGUUUAGGUACCAUUCCAUAUCCGGCAAUAGAGACAAGUCCAGCAAUUAGACCGUAUCCUACAUGGAUGGAUCAUGGAGACCCCAAAAAACCUGAUUGCUCCAAGCUAAUAUCGGUAUAUCGCACGGCAAUUGAUAAAUGCGAUAGACUUUGGUUAAUUGACUCGGGUAUUGUUAAUGCUACUGUCAAUCUAAAUCAAAUCUGUCCGCCAAAGAUAGUCGUUUAUGAUCUUAAAACUGAUAAACUGAUCAAUCGCUACAUUUUACCAGAGUCGCAAGUGAAACAAGAUUCUCUUCAUUCAAAUAUUGUUGUUGAUGUCGGAAAUACAUGCGACGAAGCCCAUGCCAUCGUAUCGGAUGUCUGGCGAUUCGGCCUGGUAGUUUACAGUCUCUCAAAAAAUAAUAGCUGGCGAGUUACGAAUUAUAAUUUUAGCCCGGAGCCUUUUGCAUCUGACUUUAAUAUCUAUGGAUUAAAUUUUCAAUGGCUGGACGGUGUUUUUGGAAUGAGUAUUUCGUACGACAAAAAUACUAAUCAGCGUGUUCUCUACUUUCAUCCAAUGGCAAGCUUUAAGGAAUUUAUGGUACCUAUGGAACUCUUAACAAACGAAUUCAUAUGGCAAACUAGUAGCCAGGAAACCGCCAAAUAUUUCGUGUCCAUUGGGGACCGUGGAUACAAAAGCCAGUCAUCAACUUCCGGAAUCACCAGAGAUGGAGUUAUGUUUUACACACAAGUUCAUCGUGAUAACAUUGGUUGCUGGGACACUGCAAAACCUUAUACACGUGCAAAUUUGAUGUUACUUUUUAAUCAAAGUGAUGAGGCCUCCAAUACACUAAUCCAAUUCCCAAAUGAUUUAAAAGUGGACAACGAAGAGCAGCAAAGUGUGUGGAUAAUGAGCAAUCGUUUACCAAUUUUUUUGUAUAGUAGCUUGGAUUACAGUGAUGUUAAUUUUAGAAUUUUAAGGGCUAAUGUCAAUAAGAUAAUGUAUGAAAAUAACAAAUGUAAUCCCUUUAAUAAGAACAGUAAUAACACUAAGUCGGCUAUUGUAAUUAUAGAAGAGGGACAAUGUUAUUAAGAAUAUUGAAUGUGUUAAAUAAAAUAC